AUGGCAAAAGGUGCUGAAGAAUUUGAACAACAGACGGACUUACCCGACGAAAUUGUUACUAGUCAAUCAAUUUCUGAGAAUAUGAAAAACUACACUAGUUCUGAUGAGAUCAUAAACCAAGCCAUUGGUGACGAGGAGCUAGAUCCCGAGGAGGGAAUGUGCUUCGACACAUUAGAAGAUGUGUGUGCAUAUUAUUACCGAUAUGCGGCUAGGACUGGGUUUGUCGUCAAAAUAAGAACCACCGGCUGGGAGACUAGAAACGAUCAGAGGGUGGUUGUUAAUCAGGUUUUGCAUUGUAACAGAGAUGGAUACCGCACAUCCCGUGUAAAGGCACCCAAGAGAAGGAAAAUGAUGGCCUCAACAAACUGCAAAGUCCGUUGCUAUUUGGCACUAGAUAAGAUGACAGGGCAGUGGAAAAUUUUUCGAGUAGAGGUAUCCCACUCACACCCGCUUAAUCCGAAGCUAUCUGGAAUGUUCUCUGCAAACUGUCAGUUAAGUAUACCGAGUAAGACGUACCAGGCACUAGCCAAUGCCGCCGGUGGCCUUGCCAACCUCACCUUUACGGAGAAUGAUGUUAGAAAUUACAUUGGUAGUCACUUACGCAUUUCCGGGGAUGAGACGGGUCCAAAAGAGUUACUUAAGCACUUCUCACGGAUGAAGGAGCUCAAUCCGAACUUUUUCUUUGAAAUAGAUGUGGACGAAAACCAUAGCAUUAGAAAUGUGUUUUGGGCCGAUGCUCGGUGUAGAGCUGCAUGGGAAUAUUUUGGUGAUGUCGUGACAUUUGACACUACUUAUAAGAUUAAUAGGUACGACAUGUCGUUCGGGUCCUUCGUAGGUGUCAACCACCAUGGGAUGUCUACGUUUCUUGGGUGCGCAUUAUUGCGGAAUGAGGAUACUCAUAUGUUUGCUAAUCGAUACAUGUGGGUGCCAGUAUUUUUUAAAGACGAAUUCUGGACUGGCAUGAGGAGCACACAGCGUAGUGAGAGCAUGCAUUCAGUUUUCGAUAAGUACUUAAACAAUUUUUACAACGUCGCUCAGGAUUUCGUGGCUACUCCAGAAGUUGCUGCUAUAUUGCGUGAUGCCAUGGAUAGUGCUCGGCACAAGCUCAAAGAACACAAAGAAUCCAAACAUCAAGCUGCACAUGGACCUAAUGGUAAUGCACAACCAUCUCCUACCAAUGUGGCAUCUUCCUACAAAGAUACGCAAUGA